AUGACGACUCGACCGCCGUGUGCCGCAGAGGCGGAGGCGCUGGCGCGUGCGGCGCGGCGCGCGACGCGCGGCGGUGGGGCGCGGCGCGGCGCGGCGCUGUGGGCAGCGCGGCUGGAGGCGGAGGCGCGCGCGCCGGCGCCGCGCGUGGCCGCCGCGCUGUACGCCGCGCUGGACGCCGCGCCCGCGCACAAGUGGCUGUACGUGCGCGGCGCGGCGUGGUGCGGCGGCGACGCGGCGGCGCUGGCCGACGCGCUGCUGGAGCGCUCGCUGCGCCUGCACGCGCUGCCCGACGAACUCGCGCCCGCGCCCGCGCCCGCGCCGCGUGACGUACCU